AUGGCGAUUCCCAGAGUUUCUUAUUCCCACUACAAACCCUUGAUCGGAAACCUAUUCCAGGCAGCGCUGGGCCAGACGGCAAAGGACUUCCAUUCAAGAGAAAACGUCGACGUCGAGCUGGAUCUAGACAAUCCCGUACGCACAGGCGACCUACUCCUUGCCGGGGACUAUAACGGCGUGGCAAGAGUUCCCUACAUGAAAGGCGUCAGCUCCGCAGAGCUGGGCGACGGCAAGAUAUUGAUCAGUCCGAGAUUGAGGGACUACAGUAUUUUUACAGAGGAACUUACAGAUAUCGACGACCUCGCUGCCAAAACGUUUGGAACCGGGGUCAGCAGCCCCGUUUACAAGGAGCUUGCUGCUUUUGAACCGCUGGUGGCGAAAAUCCGGCAGGUCCGUCUCAACGAGAUGCGAAUGAAGGAGAUCAUGUAUAAAGACAUCGCGGUGGCGUUCGAUGGCAUGAGCCCGAAAAAGGCAACAUACCAGGACUGA